AUGGGCGAUGGAAAAUUUAAUGGCACCAAUUCACGUAUGAAGAGAACUACCCAUGAUGAAGAUAAGGCUUUCAAAGACGAACCACCUUUUAAAUCACAGCGUUUACAUCAACUGUUUAAUGAUGAUCAACAUUUUCAAAGUCCAACUGAUUCUCAGUUUGAAAAUACUGAAGUUACUGAGCACAAUUAUGAUAGAAUUUCAGCUACAACUGUUUAUAAAAAACUACAAGUAUUGGAAAUUAGGGAUAAAAUUUUACGUACAUCUUCUACGCUGCCAAACAAAGAAAUUAAUGUUGAUGAAAUUAAACCAAUGGAAGGUACCUGUCAAGAUAUGUGCCCAGAAAAAGAACGUCUACUGCGUAUACAUGGUAACAUGGUUUCACAGUUUGAAUGUAAAAUGAUUGAUUCAAAAUUGGAACCAGUUUUUGAAAUGAUGGUAAAACAAUAUGCUAGAAGUUCUGCUGACCAAGCCAAUCCAUUAUCUCAAGAAUUGAGACCGACACCUAUACUUGUUAAGACCAUGCAUUACAUGCUUAAAAAUAUUAUAUACCCAAUUGAAUCUAACAUUGAACAAGAUUUAGCUAGUUGGUAUGAUUUUUGUUGGGAUCGUUUGCGUGCAAUACGAAAAGAUAUUGUUCAACAAAAUUUACAGAACUCGGAAGUUGUGACAAUACUUGAACAAAUUGGCCGUUUUCAUAUUGCUUGUUAUGAUUUAAUGCUUGGCUAUACAGGCUUUGAUAUCAAGUUAAACACGGAAAACUUAAACAAUUGCAUUCAAAUGUUGAUGCCCAUGUAUAGAGAUUCAGAACAUCAAUGUCCAAAUGAACCAGAGUUUGUGUCGUAUGAGUUACUUAUGCAUUUAGGAAACCCACAAUUUCAUACUGCAUAUGAUUUAUUACCAAUUCAUAUAAAACAAUCACCUCAAGUAAGAUUCUGUAUUAAUGCUAACACAACCUAUUUACAGUCAAGUGACUGUAAAGAGUUUUUCAAUUUACUGAAAAGUACGACUUUUAUGAAUUGUUGUAUAUUACAAAGAGUUAUUCCAAGUAUUAGAUAUAAUAAUAUAAAAAUGAUGAACAUGUCAUAUACAACUGUCAAGAGAGUUUAUAAGCUUGAAAUGGAACAUUUUAUGGAAAAACUUUGUUUUGAUGAUAUACAAUUGGCUAAAGAGUUCUUUUCUGAUAUUCAGUUACAAUAUAAAGAAAAGUAUGUAUAUCUUUCGCAUAAUCUAGCCAUAUGUGCGCCUGAGCUUAGAAGACAAAAACAAGAAUUCAUAAUCUCUGAAAAAAGACAAAAUUUAACAUAUUUAAUAUCUGGAAUAGAAAGCAUGCCUGAUGUCAUAGUCACCCCAGUUCAUUCAAGCUUUGAUAUUAAUGAUCGUUUUUAUGAUGAUGUUAAUAAUGAAGUAAACAAAGAUCUGAACAAUGAAAUAUCAGAUUCUCAGAUGGUAAUAGAUACUUAUUCUUUAAUAAAUUCAAAAGAUGAUGCAAACAGACAAUUAUUCUCAACCACUCCAAUACAAACCACAGAUUUAGAAAUACCUACAUUCACUUUUAAUAUACCUAAGUUUUCGUUUCCUACACAAAUUCAAAAACCAGUUACCAAAUUUGAAACAAAAUGGAACCCACCCACAAAAUUAUCUACUUUCCAAGAUAACUUUAGCUCGGACCAAUCAAAUAUUACAUCAAAUUCACUUGUAACCAGCAAUAUAAGAAGCCUUCCAGUAACAAUUACUCAAGUAGUAUCUAUGAAACCUCCAUGCCAAAUUUCUAUGAAUAUAAGUCCUAUUCAGUCACAUCCUAAAAUUAAUUUUAAAGAAAAACUAGAUGUUAUGCAAUCAAUAGAACAUCGAAAUAAUCUUACCAAAAAAUAUUUUUGCAAAUGGCAGGAUUAUGUUAAUUGUAAGAAAUCUAUGUAUAUCGAAGAGAUGUUUGCACAUGGUGAUCUAUUUCAUUCAGAGUGUAUUUCAUCAUUGUCGUCAUCUCCGUCAUCAAUAAAGUCUCCAAGUUAUGUCGAUGAAGUUGUUGAAAUUCAAGAGGAACCAAAAGAAUGGUUAAAUAAACAGUACAUUUUGGCAGAAAAGUAUUUCUAUAUUUGGCUACGAAAAGUUUUACGUAGAAGAAGAAAGAUUGAAAUUGAUCCUGUAUGCAGUUUACCAUGGUCAGUAUUUAUGCAAGUACAUGGCACACCAAAAGAGACAUUACCAGUUACGAUUAAAGAUUUGAAGUCGAAGAGGCAAUUAAAAAUUCCAAUACAUCAUCCAUUAAGUAAUAAUUCUGCAGAACAUGAUAUUAGUGUUCAAAUGGCUAAUAUAUUUGUUAAAAAUGUAAAAGAGAUGAAUAAAGAUGGAUCUGUUGGGAAAAAGAUAUUUUGGAAAUUGGCAGUUAAUUAUGGGGAUACACCAGAACCCUACUGUAUAGAAAAAAAAGUCCUAACUAUUAUUUAUGGUAAAUUAGGAUUUUGUAACAAUCAAAUACAAACCAUCCAUACUGAUUGUAAUGCAUAUUUCAUAAAAACAGUGCAUAGUUGUAUUGGACAAUUCAACUGGACAAACAAUGGUUUAAACGCAACUCUUAUUUUCACAAAUACGGAUAAAGAAGAUGUUGAGACGUUAUUUAAACGUGUGGAUUCGAUUUUGCAAUCGACUCCAACAGCAAUACCUUUAGUCAUGAUAUUUUCUUCGAGGUCAAAUAAAGAUUGUAUUAAAGAUUAUGAAUAUGUUUUAGAUGGGUACAAGGAAAACGAGUACAUCAAUAAUUACUCUGUUUACAUGUGGGAAGGACCAAAAACCAUUCUAGAAUCCAUUGAAUUUUUUUCCAAAAAUUAUGUAGACUUUACCCCUGGUACGCGUACAGAAAAAUUAUAUUAUAAUUUGCUCAAUUUUUCUCAACAUUUCUUCGUAAAAGUACGUUGUAUAUUAUCUGAUGAUAAUCCAAAUACUAUUAUUGAAAAAUACAAUCAAUGCUUGGAUGCUUACAUUAAACGCUUGGGUAGAAGUAAUCAAAUAUUAACAAAUUUGGCACCCGAUUUGGUUCCAUAUUACACUCAAAAUCCAGAUGAGUUUUCAAAAGAACAUUCAAACUUGAAUCUAAAAUAUUUUGAAGAUUUAUUGAAUAGUGCGCACCUAUUGCCAUAUGAAUCAUGGCCACCUAAAAAUGUUGAUGAUUUAAUAGAUUAUGUAAAAAAUAUGUGCAGACUUUCAAACCGUAGAUCUUGGUGUUUAGACAUAUUGCAAAUGCUCCAAUUAUAUAGAAAAGCUGAUUUGGAGCACUGUUUAUUGAAUGCUAGUUGGUAUGAACCAAUUGAAAUGUGGAUUGAAGGUACAUUAGAAAAGUGUUCUUCUGCACAGAAUGAUUUUACUGUAUUUUACAAUGGUGACCCGAUUAAGGAUGUUCUGAAUAUGAUAUUUCCAGACCGAUGA